AUGGUAAGAGAUGAGUGGUGUCUCUCCGGUACUUGUGCUGGUAUAUGUACAGGAGAAAGAUAUUGCCGGAUUCUCGUUAGAGGUCCCUUUUGGACCGGACAAUUACGUACAGCAUUUCGUCAUUUAUUAGCGGUUCCUUUAG